GUCAAUAGGUACUCUCAGCCACAAUCUCAUCUGAAAUAGCAAAAUUGAUGGAAAAGUUUUGGCUUUUAAUAGAAUUGGAGGGGGAGCAAAUGGCGCUGGUUCUUCCAUCUUUCAUCACUCUCUCUUAUCUUAGAUCUCCGACUGCACCGUGUUUGAUCUCCAGAGUGCCCAUCUCUAAUCUAAUCAGGAGGUAUAGAGAUGGGUUUUGGGAACCAAGCGAGGCCGAGAGAAGACACGCCUCUUCUCAGUAAAGGACCACCCUUGUCGAGCAAGUUCAAGACUUUCGCCAAUGUCUUCAUUGCUAUCGUCGGCGCUGGUGUCCUUGGUCUUCCUUACGCCUUCAAACGCACCGGAUGGCUCAUGGGUUUGCUUACCCUCUUUUCCGUCGCCGCUUUGAUCAACCAUUGCAUGAUGCUUCUUGUUUAUAUCCGUCGCAAGCUUGGUGUCUCCAAUAUCGCUUCUUUUGGAGACCUUGGCUUCGCCGUCUGUGGCAACAUCGGGAGGUUCGUCGUCGACAUUCUUAUCAUUCUGUCUCAGGCUGGGUUUUGUGUCGGAUACCUCAUCUUCAUCGGUACUACUUUAGCUAAUCUCUUCAACUCAACCUCGCCAACGACUCUGACUAUGAGUCUGAGGCAUUUAAUGGGUGUGUCCCCUAAGAGUCUCUACAUAUGGGGAUGCUUUCCGUUUCAGUUGGGUUUGAAUUCUAUUAAGACGCUCACACACUUGGCACCUCUCAGCAUAUUCGCCGAUGUGGUUGAUUUGGGUGCUAUGGCCGUGGUGAUUGUGGAGGAUGUGAAGAUUACAAUGGAACAAAGGCCUCAAGUUGUCGCCUUUGGUGGCAUGUCUGUGUUCUUCUAUGGGAUGGGAGUGGCUGUUUAUGCCUUCGAAGGGGUGGGAAUGGUUUUGCCUCUUGAAUCCGAGAUGAAGGACAAGGACAAGUUUGGCAGAGUGUUGGCCCUCAGCAUGCUAUUCAUCGCCGUCAUGUACGGAUCUUUUGGUGCGUUAGGCUACAUGGCUUUUGGGGAUGAUACAAUGGAUAUUAUCACAGCUAACUUGGGGACAGGACUGGUGAGCAGUCUGGUGCAGCUUGGGCUCUGCAUCAACCUUUUCUUCACUUUCCCCUUGAUGAUGAACCCUGUGUUUGAGAUCGUGGAGAGACGUUUCUGGAGUGGAAUGUAUUGUGUGUGGCUCAGAUGGCUACUAGUCUUGGCAGUGACGUUGGUGGCUCUCUUGGUGCCAAACUUUGCUGAUUUUUUGUCAUUGGUUGGCAGCAGUGUUUGCUGUGCAUUGGGCUUUGUGUUGCCCACUUUGUUCCAUCUAUUGGUCUUCAAAGAUGAUAUGGGGUGGAAGCAACGGGUGUUAGACCUGGGGAUCCUACUAUUGGGUCUCGUUCUAGCUGUCUCAGGUACUUGGAGCUCCCUGAGUGAGAUCUUCCAGGAGUAGAUAGGUGGACAACUUGUUUCUUUUGUUGGAUUUUUUUCUACUUUCAAUGAAAGCAAGUGUCAAAGUCUUGGAGUGUUGUUAUGCUAUUUUUGUUGGAAUGCUAUUAUGUUAAAAGUAAUAACCAUUGAUCAUGUGUCAAAUGUUUUGAUUCUGUGA